UCCAUACAACCUCAGGCAGCCAGGAGGACGUCCAGACACAAGGACAGCAGCCAUGAAGUACACCACAGGUAAGAGUCUGUUUUUCUACAUCUAGACACAACAAAGACAAGAGGAUAUAAUGUUUAAUGUAUACGUUUUGGCACAAUGCCUUUCUCAAGACCAGUCUCCAUUGUUUUCUAUGGCAAGACACAGACAUGCUUCUCUGCUUCACUAGGCUGGUCUUGCUUUAGAAAUCGAACGAGUACACAAUAUGAGAUUUGUAUAUUUAAAUAGCAUUUUACAUUACAAUAGCCUUUAGGUAUAUUCUGACAUGCGUUCUCUCUGUGAGUCAGUGUGAGUGUGUUCUAAAGUGUGUUUAAUCAUUGGUGAUAAAAGGUAGCCUUCUGUGCUAUGUGACAGUGCUGGGAAUGAAUGUCUCUACCUCUACGAGGUAACAAGUUUCAUUCCAAAAUGAGAAUGAAGACUGGAUUGUACAUUUUAGCGUUUUUUGGAUGAAUAAUGAAUUGUAAACUGCUACCCCCUCAGCAUACAUGAAUAUGCUAGCCUACAUUGACUGCUGUAUCCAAAAUAAACAUGUUGAUAGUCAACAUACAACAUGGGCAGUCCUUGCUAUGUCUAUCUAUAAUAGAGAAUGAAAAAAGACAGCAUUCCUUUAAUAAAGGCCCUGUGAUAAAAGCUGCUUGGUCCCUCCACAGCUAGAAUAAUGACAGUCAGCAGAUAGCUGGGAACAUGACACUGCAGAUAUCACCACUAACAACCUGAUAGCCUGCACAGACCUCUCCUUGCCAAGAGGUUGAAUGUGGGUAUGUGUUGUCUGUGUGUGUGUGUGUGUGUGUGUGUGCAACAGUCGAGCAGGAAGGGAAGGGAUGAAUUCUGUUUACAAAUGAGAAAUGCUUGUAUAAGGACUGGCAUGCUGGGGCGUGUGAGUGUGAGUAUCCUCCUCAUCCUAAUAUUAGUCAUUAGGAUAUUUAUGAUGAAAGAUGAAGGUUAACCUUAGAAUGACGUUACAGUAAUAAGUAAUGAAUGACUUGACUGUGCCUAUCAAAUGCUAUAUUGACACGGUCACAUGUUUUUCUCUCAGUACGAUUCAUUCAUCAAAGUAAUCUGUAAGGAUAUUUACUGUACAGCUAAACAUAGAAAAAUAGAAGGGCUGGAUGCUGGAGAGACAUGAAAUCUUUGAGCUAAUGAUCACCUCUGACUGUGUCCAGUGAUGCUCAUGCACCCGGACUGGGCCGGGGGAUCAUACAGUGCCUUCAGAAAGUAUCCAUACCCCUUCACUUAUUCCACAUUUUGUUGUGUUACAGCCUGAAUUCAAAAAAGAUUAAAUAUAUAUUUUUUCUCACCUACACAAUAUUCCAUAAUGACAGAGUGAAACGUGUUUUUAUAAUUAUUUUCAUGUUUUUUUAAAAAUGUUAUACAGAAUUAUCUAAUUUACACCAGUAAUUCAAUACUUUGUAAAAGCACCUUUGGCAGUGAUUACAGCUGUGAGUCUUUCUGGGUAAGUCUCUAAUUGCUUUCCACACCUGAACAUUUGCCCAUUAUUAUUUUCAAAAUUCUUCACGCUCUGUCAAAUUGGUUGUUGGUCAUUGCUAGACAACCAUUUUCAGGUCUUGCCAUAGAUUUUCAAGUCAAUUUACAUCAAAACCUAACUCGGCCACUCAGGAACAUUCACUGUCUUCUUGGUAAGCAACUCCAAUGUUGGAAAGCAGACUGAACCAGGUUUUCCUCUAGGAUUUUGCCUGUGCUUAGCUCCAUUCCGUUAAUUUUUUAUCCUGAAAAACUACCCAGUCCUUAACGAUUACAAGCAUACCCACAACAUGAUGCAGCCACCACUAUGCUUGAAAACAUGGAGAGUGGUACUCAGUAAUGUGUUGUAUUGGAUUUACCCCAAACAUAACACUUUGUAUUCAGGACAGAAUGUUAAUUGCUUUGCCACAUUUUAUUUGUGCCUUGUUGCAAACAGGAUGCAUGCUUUGAAAUAUUUGUAUUCUGUACAGGCUUCCUUCUUUUCACUCUGUCAAUUAGGUGGAGUAACUACAAUGUUGUUGAUCAAUCCUCAGUUUUUUUCUAUCACAGCCAUUAAACUCUGUAACUGUUUUAAAGUCACCAUUGGCCUCAUGGUGAAAUCCCUGAAUGGUUUUCUUCCUCUCCAGCAACUGGAAGGACGCCUGUAUCUUUGUAGUGACUGGGUGUAUUGGUACACCAUCCAAAGUGUAAUUAAUAACUUCACCAUGCUCAAAGGGAUAUUGAAUAUCUGUUCAUUUUUUACCCAUCUACCAAUAGGUAUCCUAAACCUAUUUAGGCUUGCCAUAACAAAGAGGUUGAAUACUUAUUGACUGAAGACAUUUCAGCUUUUCACUUUUUAUUCAUUUGUAAAAAUGUCAAAAAAGAUAAUUCAAUUUUGACAUUAUGGGGUAUUGUGUGUAGGGCAGUGACAAUUUGUAAAACAUUUAAUCCAUUUUAAAUUUAGGCUGUAACACAACAAAAUGUGGAAAAAGUCAAGGGGUGUGAGUACUUUCUGAAGGCACUAUAUCUCAGUUGGAGAUGAGUAAGCUGGAUGUUUGGACCAAGGACACAAAGCCACAGGGAGAAGGUCAUUCCUGGAAUCAUUACUGCAGAGAAAAAAAACUUGAGGGAUUUUUGUCAAUCUCUUUUUUCUGUCAUUCUAGGUCUUGAGGAUGCAAUGGAAUUUCCACGGUAGGAGGAGUGAUUAUAGUUUUUUGUUUUGAUGGCUAAGAAUUGGACUGGAGACAAUUUGCAUAAUACAAAAUAGGACAUUAGCGAAUGUGUCAUUAACACACAUCCUUAAAGCCACUUCUUUCAACUUUUAUAUUUUUCAUGUUCCUUACGCGAAGGUUCACCUUCAAUCCAAAAGAGGGGAUCGACAAUCCAGCCUUGGUCAUCUCGGACGACCCUGGUAAGGUUUGAGAAUGAACACAUCCAAAAUGAUCCACCAUUCCAACACAUGGAAAAUGAUCUGUCUAACACUAGUUCAUCAAUCAUAGUAAUCAAGAUAAGCCUGACUUCUUUAGGUAUCCACACACAAUGCCCAUCCUAUGUCAAUGGCAGUGUUUUGUCUUGCCCUCUAGAGCCAGACCUGAGUCCGGUACCCCUGCCUGUGCCAGAUAAAGUGCAAAGAGGGCCAGAGUUUUGGCUUCCACCUGAGUAUGGAGAGGAGCUGCCGGGGCUAUGUUGUCCGCCAGGUGGAUCCGUGGAGUCCUGCAGAGCUCGGUGGGCUCAGGGACGGGGACCAUGUGCUGGAGGUCAACGAGGACUUUGUCGACAACAUGGAGUUCCCCAGGGUGAGAACCAGACGUCCCGUUAUGCCAGUGGAAUCAUUGUGCACACGUUUCUUAAAGCUUUGGCACACAGAUUUGAGUUCCUGUAUGUAAAGUGGGUCUGCUUCAUCACAUGUGGGUCAGAACCAGACUUUAAGAGACCUGAGAGAACCACUUCUCUUACAAUGUCUCCAACAGUGUCCUCUGCCUCACUUUCAUUUGAAAAUGAGCCACAUUGUUCAAAGUAUACAAUAUGUGCCAAAUACUUGGCCUCAAUACAACAGACUAGCGUCCUGUCCAGGGGGUGUACAUGCACAUAAAGCUGCCCCUCGCUACAUAAACAGGCUCCUGCCCUAUGGGCCAUUCUGGCUCCGACAAGGCUUACCUACUUGGUCUAAACAGAGUCUUUGUUUCUUAGCUGCAGCAUGUUCUGCUUUGAUUGACAGGUGGUGCAGAGGAUCCAGGCGUGUGGGUUGCAGCUGUUCCUGCUGGUUCUGAAGGGGGAGGAGUAUAAGGAGGCACUGGCCCAGGGACUGGACCUCCAGGUUCUGACCAGGGCUUAUCGAGGGGAGACGUGUUCCCGGCCCAGGCUGUGCCACAUCACCAGAGACCCUGUCUUAGGUCUGGGGAUCAGCAUCAUCCCCAUUGAAGGUAGCUAUGAGUUAUUCAUUCCGUAAUCUUUUUUGGCUAGACAGUAGGAAGGAGAGAGGGGGAGAUGGGGAGGCAGAUAAGGGUGGAGUCAAAUUUAAGAAACGCCGGACUGUGGAAUUGAUCCCAGGUUAUCAACGUCGGUUGAUAUAGGGUUAGGGUUAGUCGAGAGAUGGUCGAGAGAAGGUUGAGAAAUGAUGAUGUUUGCCACUCAAUCAAACUAUGGCUUCUAUCUCAAAAUGUUGUGCAGAGUUCAUGUAAAUGUUUAGGCCUGCAUAGUAUGAUUAUGAGGCUGAAAAUAUUUGGCAUGGGCCCUGAACCCUUUUUUGUUCCAGGUAGAACUCUUUUGGGUUCCAUGUAGAACCCUCUGUGUAAAGGGUUCUACCUGGAACCAAAAGGGUUCUACCUGGAAUCAAAAAGGGUUCUCCGUAAAACUGCUGAACAGUUAAUCAAAUGGCUACCCGGACUAUUUGCAUUGACCCCCUUAUUUUUGCACUGACAUUCUUGCACCGGCUCUAUGCACACUCACUGGACUCUACUCACACACACACACACACACACACACACACACAAUGCACACUCACUGGACUCUACUCACACACACACACACACACACACACACACACACACACACACACACACACACACACACAUACACACACACACACACACACGCAUAUUGACGCCACACACAUACUGUACACUCACACACAGACACACUUUCACACUCUUCACAUACGCUGCUGCUACUUUGUUUAUUAUCUAUCCUGAUUGCCUAGUCACUUUUACCCCUACCUACAUGUCCAUAUUACCUCAACUACCUCAUACCCCUGCACAUUGACUCGGUACCUUGUAUAUAGCCUCGUUAUUGUUAUUUUAUUGCGUUACUAUUUCUUUUUUUUCAUACUUUUUAACUCUGCUUUGUUGGGAAAGAGCUCGUAAGUAAGCAUUUCACGGUAAAGUCUACACCUGUUGUAUUCGGCGUAUGUGACAAAUAAGACUUUAUUUGAUUACUGAAGAGAGGAUCUCUGUGAAGAUGUUUGAUUGUGUCUGUUUGUAUCUCUCCAGGUCAGAAGGGUCGAUACAUGUUGAGCACAGUAAGUGAGGGUCCUGCAGAGAGGGCAGGGGUGCGUAGUGGAGAUAGACUGGUGUGGAUCAACGGUUCCAUGGUGUCAACGCUCACCCAUUCAGCUAUCAGUAAAAUGGUAAACAUACAGACCCUCCUUCUCGGAACUGCUCUUGGUAAACAAACUCACAUGGCAGAUGUGUGUGUGUCUCUGUAUGUGUCUCUGUAUGUGUCUUCGUAUGUCUGUGUGUGUGCACGUGCGAGCACGUUCCUCAUUUCUCCCUCAAGUUUAGCUCUUUAUACUGCUCAGGUGAAGAAAUGUAGCGUCUAUGUGACCGUCCUAGUCAUCGACAGAGAAAGUGAAGCGAGCUACAUCCGGCGGAAACUGCCCAUCUUGCCUAUCAUGGCCGGCUCUCACAACCUACCACACAGACCCACAACGAUGCAUCUGGUGCCAGGGGUCAGAUGGAUACGGCUUCCUAUUACGACAAGAGAGGUUGUCAUCAGGGGGUCGUAUUGGUGAGAAUGAUGCACACAUACAGUACGCACACAUCAUCUAACAAUACAUAUGCUUUUUUUGCUAGAAACUUCCAUUUGUUUUAAGCAUGCAUGGCCAUGUUACAAGCACCUACUAUGACCACCUUAUAAUAUCUUAUUAUCAUCUCUUAAUGAUCCUGACUAAAUAACAGUCAUUCUAAGUCCGUACAAAAUGUGCUGCAUAGACAGACAUACUAUACACAUUACAAACCUUGUAAUAGGACAUUAGAAAGACUCAUACAUGCUUAUAACAAGUAAUAAGCAUUAUACCUGCUGGCUGAGCUGAAUUUUUUUGCUGUUGAUUCCAGCUCACGUACUCCGUGAGGUGGAUGUGGGGAGUCCAGCAGAAGAGGCUGGUAUGCAGGAUGGAGACUUGCUGCUGGCGGUCAAUGGGCAGCCUUCAGAGUCCAUGCAGCAUGAGGAUAUUGUCAGGAAAGUGAGGAAGAGUGGCAAGCAGGUUAGCCUCACCACCAUACCCAUACAUGGAAGAGACUUCUACACACAGGUGUGUAAGCGGACGGAGGUCAUGUGCAGUUUGGAGAAUAGGAGUUAAGCAAGUUCUGGUGCUAGAAUAUUGAUACUGUAGUUAGUAGGAUCCUCUGAGUUUUCCUGAAUUUUAUUUUAUUGUAUUGAUCCUCAGGAGGAAAUUACAGUAAGAUUAUGCUUAUGUUAAAAUGUUGCUGAGAUUAAUGCUGAGACCAAAUACAAGAUUGUCUUAGAAUUAUGUCAACUAAAAAUACCUUCCCAGUCAAAAACAGCCUAUUCUGUUCCCUACUGCAGUUGGGUAUAUCUCCCCUGCUAUUUCAUGAGGACAAUCUGCCAGAAGGAGAGGGGAAGAGGAAGACACAGUCCCCUUGCACUGAGAUUCAGGAUGGGCUGAGGAAAAGCGAGCAUGGUUCACUUCCCUGUCCAAGACUCUGUGUCCUCCAGAGAGAAGAAUCUGGCUUUGGGUUUAAUCUGGGCUGUGUUCAACAUGAGCCAGGAACUUUCAUAGGCCAGGUAUUCCUUUGAACAUCAACAACAUAACACCCUUGUCAUCUAUCUCUCGCUCGCUCAUUUAUUUGAUGUCUAUAAUUAUUGAUGUUUCCUGACAUAAAUAGGCAAUUGGAAACAUCCCCAAUCAAAGUUGUGCUAAUGAGUAACAGCUAUCAUUAAUCAAAAGUUCCUGAUAUUGAUCUGCUGUGUUGUUUUCCACAAGCAUUCCUAUAAGGAGGAGGGCAGGUGUUAAGAUGGUUCCUAUGAGAAAUGAGUGGCACGGUUAUGACUACAGUUUUCUUUUGUCCUGCAGGUGGUGGUAAAGGGCUCAGGACAUAGGGCUGGACUGUGGGAAGGGGAUGUAGUUGUGGAAGUGAAUGGCCAGAAUGUAGAGAAUGAGUACUUUGAGGACGUUGUGAUGCUGAUAAAGAAGAGCGAGUCGUCUUUGAAAUUACUGGUUGUGGAGAGGUCAGGGUAUGAGAGAUUCAAACAUAGUGGGCUUCCAAUCACUCCUGGGGUCAUACUCCACAGCACUCAGGUGAGGAACACUCACAUGCAUGCAUGCACACAGACACACACACACAUGCAUGCACACAAACACACACACACACACACAGAUACAAAUAUUAAUACUAUAGAAUGAGAUAAAUAAUACUUAUUCAUGUAAUACGUUGCAGGUUUUAGAGAAAACGAAUGACGCUUUCUUGUGAUGGAAUGCUGAGAAGUGACCCAAGUCAUUAUGAAGACAACAUUAGGCAUCUCACCUAACAGAGGAGGAUCUGGCACUGACACAGCAUCAACAACAAACAGCUGCAGUCACUCAUUCCUGUGCCAAUGGUAACACAGCUAAUCAAUGCAGGAUGAAAUCAAUGAAGCUGUUCCCUCUACUUCUGAAUACAACCUGAAAGAGAAGGGCUGAAAUAGAUGCUUGGCCUGGGCU